CGAGCGCGCAGGCGCGCGAUGACGUCUUUGGACACGCGACCCGGCCGGCACCGGGAGGAGAGCCUGCCGAGGGAUGCCCAAGAAGUUCCAGGGCGAGAACAGCAAGUCGGCAGCGGCCCGGGCACGGAGGGCUGAGGCCAAGGCGGCGGCUGAUGCAAAGAAACAGAAGGAGCUGGAAGAUGCCUACUGGAAGGACGACGACAAACACGUGAUGCGGAAGGAGCAGCGCAAGGAGGAGAAGGAGAAGCGGCGCCUGGAACAGCUAGAGCGCAAGAAGGAGACGCAGCGCCUGCUGGAGGAGGAGGACUCCAAGCUCAAGGGUGGCAAAGCCCCACGCGUGGCUGCGCACAGCAAGGUCACCCGCGCCCAGAUCGAGGACUCGCUGCGCCGGGACCAGCAGCACCGCGAGGAGCCAGAAAAAGCCAAGAGUCACCUGGAGGUGCCGCUGGAGGAGAACCUGAACCGCAGGCUGCAGGAGGAGGGCAGCGUGGAGGCCCGCUCUAUCGAGGACGCCAUCGCGGUGCUCAGCGUGGCGGAGGAGGCAGACCGACACCCCGAGCGGCGCAUGCGCGCAGCCUUUACUGCUUUCGAGGAGGUGCAGCUGCCCAGGCUGAAGCAGGAGAACCCCAACAUGCGGCUGUCUCAGCUGAAGCAGCUGCUGAAGAAGGAGUGGCUUCGCUCCCCCGACAACCCCAUGAACCAGCGUGCGCUGCCCUUCAAUGCACCCAAGUGAGGGGCUGCACCCCACCUCCAGCUCACCCUCCCCACCAGGAUCCCUGGAUUCCUGAGAGUUCCAGACUCCGAGCUCUUCCGGGCUGCGCCUCCAUCACCAAGAGGGUCCCCGAGUGCUUGCGCCCUAGAGCCCGGCAGAGCGCCCAAUAAAGGCGGCGGGUUGUCAUGAG